UGAGUCUCCCACAUUGCAGGUGGAUUUUUAACUGACCCACCAGGGAAGCCUUUUUCUUCCCAGCCACCUUCCUAACAAGAUAAAGUCUAAAUAAGCAGUAGAAAGGGCUUGAAGGAAGGGGUCAGAUUUUUUUAAGGGGUCAGUUUAAGUUCGAUGAGUUUAAUAAGCUUAUUAAACUAGGCUUAUUAUCUAGGGUUUAGAUAUAAUUAGGAGUUUAGGAAUUUAAUUAAAUUUAAGUUAAGUUUCUUAAUGAAACUGAUUUUAAUUACCCAAUCUACUCAUUAACUAAAUGCAGUGUGGAUUCCAGACCCACAGCUUCAGCAUCAGCAGAGACCUAGGGCAAAUUCAAAUAUUUUGAACUACGGAAUAAAAUAUCCCGGGAGUGGGGCCUGGGAAUCUGGUUUAACAAACACUCCAGAUGUUUCCAGUGAGCUCUCAAGCUUGAGAAUCACUGAAACAGAAGAAUGAGUGGUAAAUUUCAUUAACUAGAGAAUUUAAUCAAGAAUUUUAAUAGUUGAUGUAAUUCAUUGAUUUAGAUGAAUUUGGUAGGGAUCCCCAUCAAUUAUAGCCAUGGCUUCACCUGGAGAUUUACUUAAUGAUCUUUAACAAAAAAAACAGUAAGAUGGUAUGGUGCAGAAUGCUAUUAGUACUAAAAUAGUACCUGGCAUAAUAUAAUUAAUGAUAUUAGUUAACUAGGCAGCCACACUCAUUAAUGAGCUUCACUUUAAUUGUGACAAGUUAAAUUUCAGCAAAAUGAUACUAUUGGACAGAGCUAGAGAAUGAUGGGAGAGGGUAAGAGUUGGUGUGAGAAAGAAUUUGAAAAACUGUUUAAUAAGCAAUGUUAAGAAACUAGAUUGGUAUAAAGGGUUUAAUGAGACAGCUAAAGUGCUUGUCCCUGGGGGCCCUCUGGGGGUGGGGAUAUAGCAGGGACAUUCUACCACAAGUUCUCAGGUCUUUUCUCUCUGGAGUAACUGGGAAGGCGCUCCUCUGGGUCUUCUCUCUGCCCCCAGGAUCUUGUGUCCUCUGGGUGUCUCAGCCCCCUGAAAUCCGUACCCAGGAGGGGUCCCCCGCCAUCCUGCCCUGUUCCUUCAAUGCCAGCCAAGGGAGUAUGGCCAUUGGUUCUGUCACAUGGUACCGGGACAAAGUGGCCCCAGGGAUGGAAGUGAGGAAUGAGACUGCAGAGUUCCAGGGCCGCCUGGCCCCUCUCCCCUCUUCCCGCUUCCUUUAUGACCACCAGGCUGAGCUGCACAUCCGAGACACCCGAGGCCGUGACGCCGGAGUCUACGUGUGCAGGGUGGAGGUGCUGGGCCUGGGUAUCGGCACAGGGAAUGGGACCCUGCUGGUGGUGGAGGAAGGACCUCCUCAGCUAGCGGCUGGCACAGUCCUCCUCCUUCGGGCUGGAUUCUAUGCCUUCAGCUUUCUCUCGGUGGCUAUGGGCAGCAGCAUGUAUUACCAGGGCAAAUGUGAGUGUUGGAGCUGGGACACACGGGCGUGGAGAUGGGAGGGCAAGUGAGAAGGCUGGAACCGGCAGAGAUAGAGACCAUGAAAGAGGAGGAGGGCUGCAGCACUGAGCGAUUCCUGUGGCCUCUC